AUGUCUACAAGAAUCUCUUCAAAACAUACUCUGCAGUAUCUCUUCCUCGCCGCUGGCGGAUUCCUCUUUUUCCGGGCUCAACUAAGUGCGACGUACCUUCUACUCGUUCUGUUUCUUGCCAUUAUCCUUUUCUUUGGAUAUAUGGCCAACUGGUUGUUACUGGCUGCAUAUACUAGGAGAGAAUUGACACUGCUCAGUUCUGAUGAAGGGAAGGAGUUCUUAGGGGAGCCCCUACUCUUCCCUUCGCGGCUUUCUCAUGCACGUCGCUUCCCAGAGAGCGAAAGGUAUAACUAUUGGUACGAUUACUUCAUGGUUGGCAUCCCAGUUGGUCUUCAGGGUCGUAUCGGCAUUCUAUUAUCCAUCGACAACUUACCUGCGCACGAGGGAUUCAGAGAAAAAUGUUGGUUCACCAUUGAUCCAAAGUAUUACUUGGACCGGGGAAGUGGUGAUCGCUCUCUACGAGAGAAACUGGAUAUGUUUCUGAAGUCGCAGGGCCUGCAAGCUCAAGAGUUCCCUCACGCAUACCUGUUCAGCGUUCCACGUUUUCUGUGGUGGCAGAAGAGUGCAAUCAGCUACUGGUAUCUCUAUUCGCCCUCAAGGGAGCUGACUGCCAUGAUCAUGGAGAUCAACAACUCCUUCUACGAGAAGAGAAAUGUCUUUUUUCGGCUAAACGGUGAUGACCACGUUCUUGACGCGUCGGAGAGUACAGAAGAAAAAGUGUACAAUGUCACUACAAAAGGGGGCCAUGAGCUACACGAGCUACAUUUUAUCUCCUCGAAGCCAAGAUCGAAACACUAUAAGGGCUCUUGGGAGAAAUUGAUAUUUGCGUCCCCGUUUGAGAAGGUGGAAGGGUCCAUGGCUGCUAGUUUCGUGGAUCCCCUUCAACCAGAGCCAAAUCCCAAAGGCCCUCUACAGUCAAACCUGAGCUCAUUGACUCCUGAUGGUAAAGUGAAAGUGACAAGCCGUCUCUCUUCCUGGGAUCAACCAGUGAGUCCCCUAUCGGGACCUUCCUGGGUCAUCGCGAAGAUGCUUCUUCGCUGGACGCAUGUUGGCGUCCUUUCCGCUUUUCGAAUUGUCAAGGAAGCCCUACGUAUCCGAUUUCGAGGUAAUCUUCAAUACCUCCAGAGACCAGAAGUUCGGCGAGGAAGUACCCCUCGGAAGGAAACAGAAGUUGAGAGGGUUCUUGAACAAGUGUUUCGAGAGUACCUAUGUCAGCUCAGCUCUCACCAUCCCUCCCCCUUGGCUGUCGUUUACACUCCCCCAAAGUCUCUACACUUUGAUCUUAUUCAUUUCCAUUCUCCUGUCCCAGCAUCGUCCUCUUCCAGACCGACAUUGACCAUACAGCCCCUUACUCCUCGCUUCUAUACCAGCAUAACACAUUACGAUGACGCCUAUGCUGGUUUUACCACCACGACGACAUCUUUUCCCACAAACUCUGACCACUCCUCAUGUCAGCUGUGGGUAUCCGACCAACCUCUCAUGACUGGCUUAUUAGAUUCUGCGGGGCUGUCUCUUGCUCAGAAUGUAAAAUUUCCUGUCGAACGCCGAAGGCGCCCUUGA